GCAAAGGAAACAGCGUUGAAUUUUCUUCUGAAUUCAGUUGAAAUAUCCAUACUUAUAUUUAAAAAAAAGAAACAUUUUAAAAACAGCGCUCAACGAAGCAGGAUAAUUUUAAAAAAAAAAAAGGAAUCUUUAAAAGAAUUAAUUCCACAAACCCCAACCCAGCGGGUGCUUUAAAGUGAUCGUGAAAAUUGGGAAAUCCAACAAAAAAUAAACAACAAAUAAUCUGUUAAAAGUUCAACAUAAAUCUAUAACAAGGGCUGUAUUUUAUUGACAAUACCAAGCAUUAUAUAAUUUAACAAAAACAAAGUGUCAAUCAUAGACGGAUGUCAACUAGUUUCCGUUGAUAUCGAAUCAGUUAUUGAAAAUCAAACAAUUACCAUCGAAUAGGCCCGUUUUUUGUGGAUUACGCGCUCUCUUCAAGCAAGGUUGUGAUUUUCUAGCCAUUGCGACUAUGGCUGUUGCCCAGCCAGAGAAACUCUUCAUGCAAUUAAGUGCAGCGGAACUAGCGGCCAUCAUUAUGAAAGAUUCCCCCAAUUCGAAUGACCGUGAUGCGGGUUUUUGUUCCGCCAGCUCGGAGAGCGAAGGCGGCGAUGAUUUGGCCGUCGAGCACACGACGCGCAGUGGCAGUCCCAACAUCGGGCUAAAAGGAACUGAAGAUUUCGGCGCUGCGGACUCCAAGCCCAUAGCACUGAUCCGCAACAAGCGCAAGAGCACGGAGCCCUCGAAAGUGGUGGGUUCGAUGACAAGCACCUCGGGACAGGCCAACGCUUGUCCUUCCGCUGCAACGGGUCCUCUGAAGAAACGCAUACGCUAUACCUCAUCGGCGGAUUCAGCUGUGGUGCUGACACCACCAGCUAUAGACUCACCGCCACCCACCAGAAGUGUGGCCCCCGCGUUGCGCAUGGAGCAGGAGAUAAUGCCCAAUCCGGCGCAUAUGUUUGUGCGUCAUCCCGGAGUCACGACGCUGCAUCGCACGUUCGCAGCGCAUCCAGAGCAGCAGGAACCCCUGGCACUGGUGACCAAGAAGCCACAGCAGCCCACUGAAGAAGACAAUGCAAAAACACUCAAGAACAGAACAGCCCAAACGCCAAAAAAUACAUUUCACAAAAGGGUGGCAAAGGAAGCUAUUCCGGCGUCAUUGAUUGACGUGAGCCUUAGCGAUGAGGACAUGAGCAAGGUUGGCUCGGGCUCCGAUAUCUCCUCACUGCGUCCGCACUCGCAUCAGCGGAACUACAAGAACAUGACGCGGGAGCGCCGCAUCGAGGCGAAUGCACGGGAGCGGACCCGAGUGCACACGAUUUCUGCCGCCUACGAGACGCUGCGACAUGCGGUUCCCGCCUAUGCCAGCACCCAGAAGCUGUCCAAGUUGUCGGUGCUGCGGGUGGCUUGUUCCUACAUCCUGACACUCAGCCGCAUGGCGGGUGAGGAUUACAGCGCCGAUCAGUCGGAGCCAUCCCUUGCCGAUUGCAUCGAGGCGGUCACAUCCACUAUUCAGACAGAGGGCAAGGUGAAGCGCAAGAAGGACGAGUAAUCUGAUAGAUAAUAAUGAUAGACUUUUCUUUUGGGACUGAUUACAACUCUCAUGUUACUGUUAGUCGCUGUAGGUUUUUUAGUUCUAGUUUUCAUAGCUUUACAAGUUUUGAAAGCUUUGUUUAUAGAGUUGUACAUAAACAGCAGCUAAGUUUUAAGUAGAGGGUUUCUAUGUAUAUUUUAUGCUUACAUAUUCGUGUAUGUAAUUGAGGUACACUUAUGCCAUAGUUGAUAUUUUUAGAUACUAAUAGCAGCGAUGUGAUCCUAAUUUAGAGUCGCGCUUUUUGGGCAGUACAAAUAUUGAGGAAGACAAUAAUUGUUAAACAAAAUAAUACGACAAUAAUGGUAUGGGAACGUACAUAAUAUCGAUGCCAAACUAUGUAUACAUAAAUUUAUGUACACCCACAUAAAUCUAGCCGCUUUUACAUGAAUGCGGCAAAUUCCUAAAAAAGUCACUAAAUGUAUGCAAAAAACUAUUCUAUGUAUUUAUGUAAGUACAUAUAUAAUUCAGGUGAAGCAAAAUAUGUACAUAAAUGUAAGUAAAGCUCCUGGAAUGGAACACCUGAAAUAGUCUUUAGCGCCCAACUUGUAAUCUCAUUGUUGCUGGUACAUAAUCUGUACAUAUUUGUAUGUACGAAUGAACGAAUGUACAUUAUUUGUAAUUGUAAGUGCCAUAAAAUCAGCAAAUAUACAAAUCUGACUGUCUAA